AGAGAGAGAGAGAGAGUACAAGAAGAUAGACCAGUGUGGCCGGUUUGUGUCACUGUACACAUCCCAUCAUGCAAUGCUAAGAGACAGAAACAAAGAGAGAAUGGAAAAGGAGUUGAUGUCAUUACACUGCCGAUCGCAGCCUUCAUUAUGAAGCCUCAGCAACACUAUAAUCUAACAAAGGUUUCACUGAGUUGUUGACUACCUCUGGCUGUGGAAGGCUGAUACGUGCACUGCACACUGAGACUGAUUGUGUCACAUUUUGACGUCCCUCGCUGGAUUGCGGCUGAGCAUUGGGAGCUCGUCGUUUAAGCCCUGCCGGGGAAUUAAAGACUUCCGACGAUAGAGCAACAUAACAAUGAAUACUUUUGGACAACCACUCAUUAAUACACGAUGGGCAUCAAUCUAAUGUUGGCAACUGCUGCUCUCCCAGCCCUUGGAAUUGUAUAAAUAAACCCAGUGCAGUCAUCAAAUUACUUUUUAGGGAUUUGGCUCUUGACAAGUGCUCAUUAAAUUUGUUUAUGCUCUGACAAUGGAUGUGUCCCUACUUCCCACUCCAGUGACUGAGUACACCAAUUCAAGGGAUUUAGCAUGCUUCACUGUGAGUUCUGCAAACUCACCCUCUAACAGUUUUACUCGCAGGGCAGGUGUUAGGCGAGACCGAGCUUCUUCCGCUGAGGUGGUGGCCAGAGCUGAGGACGUUGAAGAACAAGGGAAGCAAACUGGAUUAAUUGAAUUAAGGAAGAGAGGCAGAUUGAUCAACGACCAGGAUCUGAGGACAGAUUUGAUAUCUGAUUUCCAAACAAAGACCUCGAGUGGAUUCAAUGGCAAAAGUUGGAACGAAGAAAAUGAACUAUCUGGAAGCAUAGUGUCUUCCAGUCUGACUCACAAUGACACAAUAGACAAGAAAGCCACAGACUUUGGCAUCAACAGAAGUCGUAACUAUAACCCUACAUCUGGGAGUGAGACUAGAACAGACUGGAGAAAGGGCAACCUGACAAGUAGAAGCGGGAGUGUCGAUUGGUGGUCAGGAGCAAGAAGUCCUGAUCGGGGCACGCAAAGACAUGAUGUAUCAGAAAGGUCAAGUGAAGAAAACAAACUGAAGGAGAGGGACACUACAGGCUUUAGAGGUCGAUCCAUGUCUUCAUUCAAGGCUUCUGCAGGGUGUUCUCAAGGCAGCAGUAUCCCGAGAAAUUAUUUGGAGCAAUCUUCGGAAGCAAUGGAUGGAGAGAACUCCUUUCCUUUAAAGCCAAAGUCUUCCCCUGAAGCUAUCUGUGAAAGAGAGGCAGGCUCUAUUGGGACUAUAAGAGGUCAGAGUAUAUUAGAACGGAUUGAGAAGCUCUAUGGCUCAUCAAAAAGUGACGAUUUGAGCAAGUAUAGGACUUUUGUUUCCUCAGAGAAAGACAGAUGUGAUGGAAAGGGUGUCUUGAAAGUUUGGCCAAGUUCUUGUGACGAGGAAAAAGGAGGAACUUUUCCCAGGCGUAGCUCUGCUGUUGAGAAAAGCUACUAUAGUCCAGUGGACACAAAUGGAUCGUACACUGGGACACAUUUAGACACCAAUGUUCCAGGUUUUAACAGUUCACCCGGCCCAAAAACCUGGGCGAAAUUACCAGCGGGACACUGGCAAGAACGAAUCUAUGGGAGGUAUUCGGACGUAGGUGGAGUUAGUGGGGUUACAGGAUCCAUGGAAACAAUGUCUCUGGAUAGAGCAAGGAGCAGAAACACCAUAGCUAAUCAGAUUAGAAUGGCUCGGACUGCUCAGUCAAACACUUUAUUAGAGCAGACAUCUCCAAGCAGAGUGGGAAGUGGAAGCAUAGAUCUUGGAAGGGAAAGUUGGCAAAGAGAAAAGACUGAAACUAACAGAAUAAAUAGGACACAGAGACAAUUUACACAAGAAAAGGGAAAUGUGACAGGAGAGGCUGAUUUAAAAGGAAGUUAUGAAGAUGAGUUUGGGUCACUUCAUCAGAACUUUAGAGAAAACACACUGGGGUACACGGGAACCUCGGAGACACUGUCCCCAUUAGUGAGUGUGAGGAACAAGAUUAAUCAGUUUGAGGCUCUGACACAAAGAUCUCAGGGUUUUGUAAAGGACCAAAGUGCCUUGCCCAGACGUGCCCUUUCUGUGCCAACUCGACUCAACAGCGACCAUGAUGGCUUGAAGAGCGAGUCAACAAUUGGUAAUCACCACAUUGGGCAGCGGGAGAAGGGUAGGAAAGCAGAGGAGAAAGUAGUUGAAGGUCAACUGAUAAGUCAAUCGCAAAGGUCUUGGUCAGUGGAUGACACUGAAAAAUGGGUACGAGAUGAUUUGGCAAAGAAAGAAUGGACAACUAUAGAUCGUGUUAACAAAUACACAGUCAGAAAUUUUAGUGAAUAUUCCAGGUUGAAACAUACACCAAAAUCCCACCAAAAAGAAGAUCCUCUACAUUAUACAAACUUACACUUAGACGAACCGGAUUUGUGUAAAGUCUCAAGCGACAAAGACUGGAGAAGCACCAAUACAGAGUUACCAAGUGACCCUGAACCACGCCCGUAUGCUGAGCUCUCAGGUAUAAAAAAUGUGAAACCUGCCCUGAGUUUAUCAGCAGUUACUGAUGAUGACAAGACCCCAAACCACUUGCCUCUAUGCUCUCCAGUCUCAUUACUAACCAACACUCCUCUACUUGUACCUACUGAAAAAGAAAUUCGCCGAGGCCCUUCAACCACCAUGCGUCCCCUUGCCGCCUCGUCUCGCAGCAACCUCGCAGACCUCAUGUUUCCAGAUGUCACUGAUGUUGACGCAAAAGGAAAGAAGGUGUUGGACCUGGAUGCUUGGGUGGCAGGCUGGAAGGCUUGGCGGAACGAUGACGACGACGAUGCAAGCACACAGAAAGAUGACAAUUCAAAUUACGAUUCAGACUCUGGAGAGUCUUCGGUAACCAUAACCAGCCACAUGAGCCUGUCAGACCGCAGGAGUUUCUCCGUCAGUCUCGCAGAACUGUGUUACUUUACCGGAACUGACUACGAAUCAGAGAACGACGACGAGUGGUCAGUGGCAGUGGGCAAUAGGUCGACAUCACUGAGAUCUGACAUGUCAGCACUAUCAUACGUGUCUGUGAUGCCCAGCGAAGAGCUCGAUAAGCUCCUGGAGGACGUCAGGGGUCUAGGGAACAGCACCGUGCAGGAUGACAUUAAUGUUGUGGUUCUCCACAAGGAGAUUGCUGUCGGGCUGGGAUUUAGUAUUGCAGGAGGCGUCGACCAAAACAAACCAGUCACUGUCCACAAAGUGUUCCCCAGUGGUGUGGCAGCACAAGAAGGCUCGAUUGGAGAAGGGGACCAGGUCUUGUCAAUCAAUGGCACUGCACUGGGGGGCCACACUCAUUGGGAGGCUCUGAGGGUCCUGAGACGAGCCAAGACUCGUGAGAUGGGAGUGGUGGUCCUGAAGAGGCGCGGCGUCAGCAUCUUGAAGGGGGAAGAAGGUCAGACUGAGGAAGCAGCGCCAACUCAGAUCCCAGACUCAGGUCAGGCUGUUCAAGUGUGUCUGGAGAAGAAAAACAGGGAUCUGGGCUUCAGUUUAGAGGGAGGUGCUGAUCUGGGAGACAAACCACUCACCAUACAGAAGAUCUUCCAAGGCGGUCCGGUGGACAAGAUAUGUCCUGGCGAUGAGGUGAUGGAGAUCCAAGGUGUGAGCACGGUAGGAAUGAGGCGCCUGGAGGCCUGGACUUUGAUCCGAGGACUUCCUCCUGGACCUGUAGAUAUUGUAAUACGCCGGCCUUGUAAAGCUCCGGAAUCGUAGGGAUUGUGGAAGUAAAUCUGAUUUGGACUUUUAAAAAAGAAAAGAAAUACGCCACCUAGUCAUAUGUUUUUGACAAAGCUAUUUACAUAAGAAGCACAAGCCGGAUUUUAUCAAGGUAUGAAUUUUACUUCAAGCGUAUUUAAAGUUGUUUAACAGAUGCAGCUACCUCAAAGCCAUAUAUGAACGAAGAGCAACAUUGUCUAAUGUACUGUGAAUAGAUGCUAACAGCAUUUAUAUUGCUUUUUAAUAAAGCUGAACUCAAA